GCCCGCCAGCCACCACCAGGGGAGGGAUCUGGGCGAGCAGCGCCCUCGCUCAGUUGCUCCCAGCAGUGGCCCUGGGGCCAGCUCUGCUCCCUGUGCCUGCUCCCCACCUGGACACAAGGCUCACUCACGCCCUCCUCUUGGCAACCAGCUUCUUGCCAGCCACAGCUGCUGCCCCAUCACUGCCCACCGCCCUGUCCCGUGAGCCUAGACCCACCCCACCCUGGGGCUCCUCUGCCGGAAAGGUGGCUGCCCCCUGCAUUCCUCCAUCCAACCAUGAAUUGGUGCCUGUCAACGCGGAGAGUGCACCAAAGAAUGUAGUGGACACGGGAGAAGGAACCUUCCGGGGUGGGAACACUCGGAAAAGCCUUGAGGAAGACGGCUCCACCAGAGUCACCCCGAGCGUCCAGCCCCAUCCCCAGCCCGUCAGUCUUCCCAGAAACAUGAGUGUGAGCCAGACCAUGGAGGACAGUUGUGAGCUGGACCUGGUGUAUGUCACAGAGAGGAUCAUCGCCGUCUCCUUCCCCAGCACAGCCAACGAGGAGAAUUUCCGGAGCAACCUCCGCGAGGUGGCCCAGAUGCUCAAGUCCAAACAUGGAGGCAAUUACCUGCUUUUCAACCUCUCUGAGCGGAGACCUGACAUCACGAAGCUCCACGCCAAGGUACUGGAAUUUGGCUGGCCUGACCUCCACACCCCAGCCCUGGAGAAGAUCUGCAGUGUCUGCAAAGCCAUGGACACUUGGCUCAACGCAGACCCCCACAAUGUCGUCGUUCUACACAACAAGGGAAACCGAGGCAGGAUAGGAGUGGUCAUCGCCGCUUACAUGCACUACAGCAACAUUUCGGCCAGCGCCGACCAGGCACUGGACCGGUUUGCAAUGAAGCGCUUCUAUGAGGAUAAGAUUGUACCCAUUGGCCAGCCGUCCCAGAGAAGGUACGUGCAUUACUUCAGCGGCCUGCUCUCUGGCACCAUCAAAAUGAACAACAAGCCCUUGUUUCUGCACCAUGUGAUCAUGCAUGGCAUCCCCAACUUCGAGUCUAAAGGAGGGUGUCGGCCAUUUCUCCGGAUCUACCAGGCUAUGCAACCUGUUUACACAUCUGGCAUCUACAACGUCCAAGGAGACAGCCAGACCAGCAUCUGCAUCACCAUCGAGCCUGGGCUGCUCUUGAAGGGAGACAUCUUGCUGAAGUGCUACCACAAGAAGUUCCGGAGCCCAGCCCGAGACGUCAUCUUCCGUGUGCAGUUCCACACCUGUGCCAUCCAUGACCUGGGGGUUGUGUUUGGGAAGGAGGACCUUGAUGAUGCCUUCAAAGAUGAUCGAUUUCCAGAAUACGGCAAGGUGGAAUUUGUAUUUUCUUAUGGGCCAGAGAAAAUUCAAGGCAUGGAACACCUGGAGAACGGGCCGAGUGUGUCAGUGGACUACAACACCUCUGACCCCCUCAUCCGCUGGGAUUCCUACGACAACUUUAAUGGGCAUCGCGAUGACGGCAUGGAGGAGGUUGUGGGACACACGCAGGGGCCGCUGGAUGGGAGCCUGUAUGCCAAGGUGAAGAAGAAGGACUCCCUGAAUGGCAGCACGGGGGCUGUCAAUGCCACACGUCCUGCUCUGUCGGCCACUCCCAACCACGUGGAACACACCCUGUCCGUGAGCAGUGACUCUGGCAACUCCACAGCCUCCACCAAGACAGACAAGACUGAUGAGCCUGCCCCCGGCCCCUCCAGUGCCCCCGUUGCCCUGAGUCCUGAGGAGAAGCGCGAGCUGGACCGCCUGCUCAGUGGCUUCGGCUUAGAACGAGAGAAGCCAGGCAAUAUGUACCACACCCAACACCUCCGGUCCCGCCUGGCGGGGGGCCCUGCUGUGCCCUCUGCCAGCCGUCAUGUUGUCCCAGCCCAGGUUCACGUCAACGGUGGGGCCUUGGCAUCUGAGCGGGAGACAGACAUUCUGGACGAUGAACUGCCCAACCAGGACGGGCACAGCGUGGGCAGCAUGGGCACAUUGUCUUCCCUGGAUGGGAUCACCAACACCAGUGAGGGGGGCUACCCAGAGGCGCUGUCCCCCUUGACCAAUGGCCUGGACAAGCCCUACGCCGUGGAACCUAUGGUGAAUGGUGGGGGCUACCCCUAUGAGUCUGCCAGCCGGGCAGUGCCUGCCCAUGCGGGCCACCUGGCCCCCAUGCGACCCUCCUACUCUGCACAGGAGGGUUUAGCUGGCUACCAGCGGGAGGGCCCCCACCCCGCCUGGUCACAGCAAGUGACCACCUCCCACUAUGGUCAUGACCCCAGCAGUAUGUUCCGCUCUCAGUCCUUCCCGGACACUGAGCCCCAGCUGCCCCCAGCUCCAGCCCGGGGGGGAAGCAGUCGGGAGGCUGUGCAGAGGGGCCUCAAUUCCUGGCAGCAACAGCAGCAGCAGCAGCAGCAGCAGCAGCAGCAGCAGCAGCAGCCUCACCCGCCUCCUCGUCAGCAGGAAAGAGCCCACUUGGAGAGUGUCCGGCCCAGCAGGCCCGGCCCCCAGCCAUUGGCAGAGACACCCACGCCUGGCCUCCCUGAGUUCCCGAGGGCAGCCUCCCAGCAGGAGAUCGAGCAGUCCAUUGAAGCCCUCAACAUGCUGAUGCUGGACCUAGAGCCAUCCUCGGCUGCCGCCCCGCUGCACAAAUCCCAGAGUGUCCCUGGGGCCUGGCCUGGGGCCUCCCCGCUCUCCUCUCAGCCUCUUUCCGGCUCCUCCUACCAGACCCAUCCACUGACCCAGUCCAGAUCUGGCUACAUCCCCAGUGGGCAUUCCUUGGGAACCCCUGAGCCAGCCCCACGAGCCUCCCUGGAGUCCAUCCCUCAGGGCAGGUCUUACUCACCUUAUGAUUAUCAGGCAUGCCUGGCUGGGCCCAACCAGAGUUACCGUCCAAAGAGCCCAGCUUCCUCCUCUUCCUUGCCUGCUUUCCUUCCAACCAACCACAGCCCUCCAGGGCCUCAGCAGCCCCCCACCUCUCUCCCUGGCCUCGCUGCUCAGCCUCAGCUCCCACCAAAGGAGGUGACUUCAGACCCAUCCCGAACUCCGGAGGAGGAGCCCUUGAACCUGGAGGGACUGGUGGCCCACCGGGUAGCAGCGUACAACGCCAGAUUGCAGGGUCUUGGGCUAAGUGUCAGCUACCGGCACCCUCCUCUCCACCGGCUCCGAUCUUCCUCCCUCUCUGGGGUGCAGGCUCGGGAGAAGCAGCCUGCAGAGCCCCCAGCCCCUCUCCGGAGGCGGGCAGCCAGCGAUGGACAGUAUGAAAACCAGUCUCCAGAACCCUCAUCCCCCCGGAGUCCUGGGGUGCGCUCCCCAGUCCAGUGUGUGUCCCCGGAGCUGGCUCUCACAAUUGCUCUCAAUCCUGGAGGGCGGCCCAAAGAGCCCCACUUGCACAGCUACAAAGAGGCCUUCGAGGAGAUGGAGGGAACCGCUCCAUCCAGUCCACCGCCCAGUGGGGUGCGCUCCCCUCCAGGUCUGGCCAAGACACCCCUGUCUGCUCUGGGCCUGAAACCCCACAACCCAGCAGAUAUCCUGUUGCAUCCCAAGGGCGAGGAGGAUGGGGGGCAGGAGGUGAUGGAGCCGUUGGGAGAGCCCCGGAGCUACGUCGAGUCGGUGGUGCGGACGGCAGUGGCUGGGCCCCGAUCUCAGGACCCUGAGCCCAAGAGCUUUAGCGCCCCAGCUGCCCAGGCCUAUGGCCACGACACACCCCUGAGGAACGGGACCCUGGGCGGCUCCUUUGUCUCCCCUAGCCCCCUCUCCACCAGCAGCCCCAUCCUCAGCGCUGACAGCACUUCGGUGGGGAGUUUCCCAUCGGGGGAGAGCAGUGACCAGGGCCCCCGGACACCCACCCAGCCUCUGCUGGAUUCUGGCUUCCGCUCUGGCAGCCUGGGCCAGCCCAGCCCUUCGGCUCAGAGAAGCUACCAGAGUUCUUCUCCUCUUCCAACCGUGGGCAGCAGCUACAGCAGCCCCGACUACUCACUUCAGCAGUUCAGCUCCCCAGAAAGCCAGGCCCGGCCUCAGUUCAAUGCGGCUGGUGUCCACGCAGUCCCUGGGAGCCCUCAAGCACGCCACAGGACAGUGGGCACCAACACUCCCUCCAGUCCCGGCUUUGGCCGCCGAGCUGUCAACCCUGGCAUGGCUGCCCCCAGCAGCCCCAGUUUGAGCCAUCGCCAGGUGAUGGGCCCGCCAGCAACUGGUUUCCAUGGUAAUGUGGUUUCCAGCCCCCAGAGCAGUGCAGUGACCACUCCAGGAAGCCCCAGCCUGGGCCGGCACCCUGGAGCCCACCAGGCCUCAGGCCUCCAUGGCAGUGUGGCUGUCACUCCAGGGAGCCCCAGCCGCGGCCAGCAGCCGGGGGCCCACCAGGCCUCAGGCCUCCCUGGUAAUGUGGCCACCACUCCAGGGAGCCCCAGCCUGGGCCGGCAUCCUGGAGCCCACCAGGGCAACUUGGCCUCCAAUCUCCAUGGCAACACAAUAUCCAGCCCCGGAAGCCCCAUCCUGGGCCGUCAUCUCGGAGCAUCUGGAUCCGUGGUUCCUGGCAGCCCCAGCUUAGAUCGGCACGUGGCCUAUGGCGGCUACUCCACCCCUGAGGACCGGAGACCCACACUGUCCCGGCAGAGCAGUGCCUCUGGUUACCAGGCUCCUUCCACGCCCUCCUUCCCUGUGUCUCCUGCCUACUACCCGGGCCUGAGCAGCCCCGCCACCUCCCCUUCGCCAGAUUCGGCAGCCUUCCGGCAAGGGAGUCCAACACCGGCCUUGCCAGAGAAGUGGAGGAUGUCCAUGGGAGACCGAGUGGGCAGCCUCCCCAACUAUGCCACCAUCAAUGGGAAGGUGUCGUCCUCGCCUGUCGCCAGUGGCAUGUCCAGUCCCAGUGGGGGCAGCACUGUCUCCUUCUCGCACACUCUGCCUGACUUCUCCAAGUACUCCAUGCCAGACAACAGCCCAGAGACCAGGGCUAAAGUGAAAUUUGUCCAGGACACUUCCAAGUAUUGGUACAAACCCGAGAUCUCCAGAGAGCAGGCCAUCGCUCUGCUGAAGGACCAGGAGCCCGGGGCCUUCAUCAUCCGUGACAGCCACUCUUUCCGAGGAGCCUAUGGGUUGGCCAUGAAGGUGUCUUCUCCCCCUCCGACCAUCAUGCAGCAGAAUAAGAAAGGGGACAUGACCCAUGAGCUGGUGAGACAUUUCCUGAUAGAGACCGGCCCCCGAGGAGUCAAGCUCAAGGGCUGCCCCAACGAGCCAAACUUUGGAUCUCUCUCUGCCCUGGUCUACCAGCACUCCAUCAUCCCGCUGGCCCUGCCCUGUAAGCUGGUCAUUCCAAACCGAGAUCCCACAGAUGACUCGAAAGAUAGCUCGGGCCCUGCCAACUCAACCACCGACCUGCUAAAGCAAGGAGCAGCCUGCAACGUGCUCUUCGUCAACUCUGUGGACAUGGAGUCGCUCACUGGGCCACAGGCCAUCUCCAAAGCCACUUCUGAGACACUGGCUGCUGACCCCACGCCAGCUGCCACCAUCGUUCACUUCAAAGUGUCUGCCCAGGGAAUUACACUGACUGACAACCAGAGAAAGCUCUUCUUCAGACGACACUACCCUCUCAACACCGUCACCUUCUGUGACCUGGAUCCACAGGAGAGAAAGUGGAUGAAGACGGAGGGAGGUGCCCCUGCUAAGCUCUUCGGCUUUGUGGCCCGGAAGCAGGGCAGCACCACGGACAACGCCUGCCACCUCUUCGCUGAGCUUGAUCCCAACCAGCCUGCCUCCGCCAUUGUCAACUUCGUCUCCAAGGUCAUGCUGAGUGCCGGCCAGAAGAGAUGAACUCACCCCAUGCCCCGGGCCAGGGCAGUGGGGAUGGGGCAUGUGGGGAGGGGACCCAUGAAUCCUGACCAUCUCUGAAUCCAGAAGGAGGACUUUGGACCAAUUUUGGAGAAGGAGAGAAGAAAGUGUGACAUGGGGAGAGGGAAGUGAAUUGAGGAGGGGCGGGGGAGAGAGGGAGAGAAAGAAAGAAAAGGAUGGAGGAGGAUAACUCGGAUUCCCUUGGGUAGAUGGCUACUGCGCAACCCCCAAAGUCUCCAAAACGAAGCAGGUCCACCUAACUCCCUCUCACCCUCACAGGAGGCAGAGCUGGCCUCCUUGGGGACCCAUAUUUUGGGGGGAAAUGGAAAAGUGUCUCCAUAGCCCAACUGCUUUGCAAGGAGAAAUCAAGUCAAGAGAAUCUUUUUCUGGCCCCCUCUAGGGUACAUUGUCAAACCAAAAGGAGCCAGCAUGGGACGUCACGUGGCAGAACUUUUGCUUUGAAAGUAUCUCAGACCCGAGGUACCUAAGGCCUCUCUGCUCUGCCUCUGAUGUACAGUUUGUGUGGGAAUGUAUGUAGGGUUGUGUAUAUAUCUGCUCCCACACCCUCACACUCAGAUUUAUAUUCGACUCUCAGCUAGAAUUUAUAAACAGGUGUACUUGUCCAUGUUCCACAUUUGCACACAUGUGCAUACUGUCCAGAGGUCAGAGUUGGGGUGACCCAGCAUCAGGGAGGGGACGCCAGCCUUCUUCCCCAGGAGCACCCAGGAAUAUGGGUAACAGGCUCUGACUUGGUCCCCCCCGCACCUGCGCUCUAGUGGCCCCGCGUGCCGCCAGCGCCUUCUCCUUGGCAAAGACCCCGGCAGGAGUGGCGGGACCAUUGGUUGGAGGAGAUGGAGACGUGCAUUUCCAUAGCCUCGGGGAAGAGACCCAUCAGCCACAGUGGCUUUGACCUCCAGGCAUCUUCCCCGAGUUGUGUGGCAAGGUGGGCAGGCCACUCCCCCCAGCUCUCAGCCCUCAGCCCAUUCUUGGCUGCCAAGACCACACCAGCCUUAUCUCAGACCGGCUUAUCUGCAUGAUGUCUUCUUGGGUGCUGGGGAUUGAGCCUUCUGAUCUGCCCAGCUCUGUUCUGUCCUGCAGGGUCCUCCUGUUGGGCUCAUCCUGGGGAACCUGCUUCCAAGAGCCCUGCUCAGCAAGGCCCAGGGGAUGCCUGGGGUCCUGUCCUCCCCUCUGCCGGGGUUUGGGGCCUGACUUCUGCUGGGCUGUCCAGGUGACUCAGCAGAGCUCUGGGCUGCUGCCUAUAUACCACAUGGCCUAUUUACAAUACCAAAGCCUUGCUGUUCCCACUUCUGCCUUGGUUUCCCCAGCAGAAACAAGCUGCCCAGGAGCAGAGGGCCUAGAGUCCGCCUGGGCAAUUGGGAACCCCCCGACCUCCACCCAAGUACUCUCAGCUGGAAUGGAAAAGUCACCAGGACUCCAUUCUCGAGGGGCUUCUUGAGCCUCCAGGGGUCCCUUGGAGAGAGGCAUUGUACUGAUAUAUAAAUAUAUAUAAUAUAUAUGUGAGACAUACUGACAGAAUCUGUAAGCUAAUAAAAUAUAAGAAAAGGUUAAAAAAAGAAUAGGUAAAUUGACAAGAGGUAUUUAUUGUUUUCCCAUAUUGCUUUAUUGCCUCCCUGGGCAAAAACCAAUUCCCAUCCCUCUUUCUAUAUAUAAGGGAAGCCUGAAAUGUAGGGGCCUUUAUCCUUGGAGCAAUCAGGGGUCUCCUUGCCCUGGCCUUGGCCUUCCCUAGACUUUGUCGGGGGCUCAGCAGGGAGGGGUGCACGUGUUCCAUCUCCUUUGGCCCCCUCUUUUCUGGCAAGCCUAGGCCUUGGCCAUUAGGUCCCGAGAGGAGCCCCCUCACCAGGGCUGGAGCGGGUGUGUGAGCCAGCGGGGGACAUGGGUGAGUGUGGUGGGCAUGGGGAGUGUGUGCGUCUUUUGUAUUUUUUCUCCUCCAAGAAGCUGUAUCUGUGUGGACAUACUGUUUCAGGGAGUUAGAAAGGAGAGUGUCUAACGAAGACGGGGAGCAGCCCCCCGCUUCCCAAAGAUUGAAACCUUGUGCUUGGUGACUAAGGUUCUUCCAAAGUGCUCUUCCUUCUGAGGCAUUCAAGCCAGAUCCUGAGGUUCCCUCUCCCCCUUCCCCACCUCCCCCUCUCUCUUCCAUAGGAGAGAUUCCACCCCUUCCUUUGUCAAUAUCUAACCUCCCACUGGACAGUCCGGGACACUCCUCCUAGUCUGGACGUCCUCUCCACCCUGAGGCCAGCGGAGGGUUAGACCAUCGGGCAGACCCGGGCCCAGGGUCAGCCUUCUCACAUGCUUGCCCACCGCCCACCGCAGCCCACCUCGGGCCUGAGCUAAGGGUGACCCCACAAGCAGGACCUAGGGGUGCUGGGGAGCUGAUUCUCUCCCUCUCUGGGUCACUCUGGAGGGAGCUGGUUUCCUAGAGUUUGGCUUUUCCAGAGGAAUGGGGAAGGCACCUCAGUCUCCACGAGGUCCCCGCUUUGGGUCAGACACUGGCUGGGAAGACACUGUAGUCCUCCCGUCUCACAGGUUGGGCCCGUGCACCCAUGCGCACAAGUGCACACACACACACACACACACACACACACACACACACCGCAGCACUGCAGUAUAUUCUUGCCAAAGAUGUCCUUUAAAAGAAAGCACUUUUAAUAAUUAUUGUUAUUAUCGUGUAAAUGUUUAUCCUUUUCUCUCCUCCCCCUCCCUCAACAUAUUUGCUGUUGUUUAGUGUUGAACCCGUUUGUCAGCCAGGAGAGUGCUGUCUGGUCUUGAAAGUAGGCUGGGACGUGGGGUGGGGCGGGUCCGGGAGAGGCAUGGUCAGCGUGUGACUCAGCCACAGGGCCCCAGGCGGGCUCAGCCCAGGCCCAGGCCCCGCCUGCUUCUGGCUGUCGUCCAGCCAGGCCUCUGAGGCAGGGAGGCAGGCCCAGUGCCUCCACGUGGCUCUUCCCAGGUGGAAGGAGAGGGGAGGACCGGGAAUGGGAACAAUGGAGAGCAGACCCCAGGGGGGAAAUAGGGAGGAAGUGAGCUGUUUGAUCAGCCUCCAAGGUGACUGGCAUCCCCUCCCCUGAGGUCAUGUGUUCUGGCUCCCUUGUCUAGCCAGUGUUUGUCCCGGGUUUGGGAAAGGCCUUGACCUGGUCCUCAUGGCAGCCUUUCCUGCAGCCGCUCCGAGCUCGUGGACGGCCAGGAUCCCUCCCACACUGGGCUUUGGGGAGUCCCUGGGUGUGUCAGAAGCUGGCAGGACAGGGUGAUGGGCUUGGUGGCUGUGCCACCAGAAGAGGAGGCAGCUGGCUGAACGAGUGUGGCCCUUCCAGGAAGGGGCUCCCAGGAGGGAGAUGAGGGGGCGUUCUCCUCCCUCAGAUGGGCAUGAGCAGAGAUGGGCAGACUCCUCACAGGUGGGACAACACCUAUGCCCUGAUGUGCACCGCCACCCUGCCCCGGGGUCUCCUCCCUUUGUUCCCAGCUUCAGAAGCUGGGGAGAUCAAGGGGGCCAAUGCCCGAGUCCGAGGGCAGCCUCUGCCCCUGCGUCUCCCCACACUCGGGGUCCUUGGAGAGGUCAGAGGCCGGGCCCUGGAGCCACUCUUCACUCAGGGCCAGGCCCCGGAAUCUCGAGACCAGAGUCCCCUGGCAGUGGUAACACAGGACGUGUGUGCUCGUGCGUGCAGGUGCGGGUGUAUGUGUGUGAGUAGUUUGCGCAUCUCUCUAGGGAUCUUCAGGGUUGGGUUGGAGGAGGUGGGCAAUAGGAGGAUGUCAAGUUCAGUAUCAUCAGGCGCAAGGAAUCAGGAGGCGAGGCCUGUAGGGCCCUUACGGGUGGAAUCUCAGCGUUGGUGAUGGGGUGGGCUCUGCGGUCCUCAGAUGACCCAAAUGUUGGAGGACCUGUGCUUAUUUCCCACGCCUGGCUCGUCCCAGCGGUGAGGCAGUUGUAGAGGGAUGUCCCAAGUUGGGUUUCUAAUCAGUGUUAAGCAGUUGAGACUCUCCUGUGUCCGUGUUGGGUUUGUGUGUGUGUGUGCUCAGAGCACAUCAGUGUCUGCAUGCGUCUCCCUGUUUCUCCCCUCCCUCUGAUGUGUCAUUCAAAACAAAUGUAAGGAGUUCCUCACCCCCGCUCCCCACCUCCCCUGCCUUCCAGGCCUUCCCUCUGCAGGAAAACCAGAAUAACCCGCCCUCCUCCCGUGCCCUGACUGUGUAUUUAUAUAGAUGGAAAUAUACUUUCUAUUUUGUAUCAUUGUGCCUAUAGCCUCGGCCGCCUUGUAUAAACCCUGAUAUGCUACUUACCCUGGACAUGAAUGUGUUGUACACCGAGGCUGCCUGCUCCUGUCGGCGGCUUUGUUUCUUUGCGAUCCAUUGUAUGGCUUUAUAAAUGAUAAAGUGAAAGAAAACCUGG